AGGCUAUCUCCUAGUUCUCCGCUGCUCGGACUAGCCAUUGCCGCCGCCUCACCUCUGCUGCAAGUAGCCUCGCCGUCGGGGAGCCCUACCACAGCGUCCGCCCUCAGCAUGAUGGACUUGGAGUUGCCACCGCCAGGACUACAGUCCCAGCAGGACAUGGAUUUGAUUGACAUCCUUUGGAGGCAAGACAUAGAUCUUGGAGUAAGUCGAGAAGUGUUUGACUUUAGUCAGCGACAGAAGGACUAUGAGCUGGAAAAACAGAAAAAACUCGAAAAGGAAAGACAAGAGCAACUCCAGAAGGAACAGGAGAAGGCCUUUUUUGCUCAGUUUCAACUGGAUGAAGAAACAGGAGAAUUCCUCCCAAUUCAGCCGGCCCAGCACAUCCAGACAGACACCAGUGGAUCCGCCAGCUACUCCCAGGUUGCCCACAUUCCCAAACAAGAUGCCUUGUACUUUGAAGACUGUAUGCAGCUUUUGGCAGAGACAUUCCCAUUUGUAGAUGACCAUGAGUCGCUUGCCCUGGAUAUCCCCAGCCACGCUGAAAGUUCAGUCUUCACUGCCCCUCAUCAGGCCCAGUCCCUCAAUAGCUCUCUGGAGGCAGCCAUGACUGAUUUAAGCAGCAUAGAGCAGGACAUGGAGCAAGUUUGGCAGGAGCUAUUUUCCAUUCCCGAAUUACAGUGUCUUAAUACCGAAAACAAGCAGCUGGCUGAUACUACCGCUGUUCCCAGCCCAGAAGCCACACUGACAGAAAUGGACAGCAAUUACCAUUUUUACUCAUCGAUCUCCUCGCUGGAAAAAGAAGUGGGCAACUGUGGUCCACAUUUCCUUCAUGGUUUUGAGGAUUCUUUCAGCAGCAUCCUCUCCACUGAUGAUGCCAGCCAGCUGACCUCCUUAGACUCAAAUCCCACCUUAAACACAGAUUUUGGCGAUGAAUUUUAUUCUGCUUUCAUAGCAGAGCCCAGUGACGGUGGCAGCAUGCCUUCCUCCGCUGCCAUCAGUCAGUCACUCUCUGAACUCCUGGACGGGACUAUUGAAGGCUGUGACCUGUCACUGUGUAAAGCUUUCAACCCGAAGCACGCUGAAGGCACAAUGGAAUUCAAUGACUCUGACUCUGGCAUUUCACUGAACACGAGUCCCAGCCGAGCGUCCCCAGAGCACUCCGUGGAGUCUUCCAUUUACGGAGACCCACCGCCUGGGUUCAGUGACUCGGAAAUGGAGGAGCUAGAUAGUGCCCCUGGAAGUGUCAAACAGAACGGCCCUAAAGCACAGCCAGCACAUUCUCCUGGAGACACAGUACAGCCUCUGUCACCAGCUCAAGGGCACAGUGCUCCUAUGCGUGAAUCCCAAUGUGAAAAUACAACAAAAAAAGAAGUUCCCGUGAGUCCUGGUCAUCAAAAAGCCCCAUUCACAAAAGACAAACAUUCAAGCCGCUUAGAGGCUCAUCUCACACGAGAUGAGCUUAGGGCAAAAGCUCUCCAUAUUCCAUUCCCUGUCGAAAAAAUCAUUAACCUCCCUGUUGAUGACUUCAAUGAAAUGAUGUCCAAGGAGCAAUUCAAUGAAGCUCAGCUCGCAUUGAUCCGAGAUAUACGCAGGAGAGGUAAGAAUAAAGUCGCCGCCCAGAACUGUAGGAAAAGGAAGCUGGAGAACAUUGUCGAGCUGGAGCAAGACUUGGGCCACUUAAAAGACGAGAGAGAAAAACUACUCAGAGAAAAGGGAGAAAACGACAGAAACCUCCAUCUACUGAAAAGGCGGCUCAGCACCUUGUAUCUUGAAGUCUUCAGCAUGUUACGUGAUGAGGAUGGAAAGCCUUACUCUCCCAGUGAAUACUCUCUGCAGCAAACCAGAGAUGGCAAUGUGUUCCUUGUUCCCAAAAGCAAGAAGCCAGAUACAAAGAAAAACUAGGUUCGGGAGGAUGGAGCCUUUUCUGAGCUAGUGUUUGUUUUGUACUGCUAAAACUUCCUACUGUGAUGUGAAAUGCAGAAACACUUUAUAAGUAACUAUGCAGAAUUAUAGCCAAAGCUAGUAUAGCAAUAAUAUGAAACUUUACAAAGCAUUAAAGUCUCAAUGUUGAAUCAGUUUCAUUUUAACUCUCAAGUUAAUUUCUUAGGCACCAUUUGGGAGAGUUUCUGUUUAAGUGUAAAUACUACAGAACUUAUUUAUACUGUUCUCACUUGUUACAGUCAUAGACUUAUAUGACAUCUGGCUAAAAGCAAACUAUUGAAAACUAACCAGACCACUAUACUUUUUUAUAUACUGUAUGAACAGGAAAUGACAUUUUUAUAUUAAAUUGUUUAGCUCAUAAAAAUUAAAAGGAGCUAGCACUAAUAAAAGAAUAUCAUGACUUAAA